AUGCAAGCUGCGUUACAAAAGGCUAAAAUUCGCAUGGAAUUGAUAGACAAACAGCUCGAGGUGGAUAUCGCAGAACUCGAAGAUGAAGAAUACAACUUAGACACGGAAAAACCUGAUGACUUCAUCGUUGAGAAAUGGUUAGAAUCGAGCUACAAAUCGCAAGAAAAAGAUAGCAUCGAACACCCGAGAGCACCAUCACCUGUGCCUCCCGCUCCUGCCAGCAAACAAACGGCCGCCGGGCCGCUCCCGGCCGCAAGCAGCCGGCCGACCGCCGAGUGCGCUGCGCCGGCGCCGCCGCCGCAGGCUCGAGAAGGGAGUACUGAUGCAACACUGCAAAUGCUAACUGGUACUAUAAAAGAUCUGGCAGCCGCUGUGUGUGCUAAGGAAAAUCACGCCAACCUGCUCAGCCGCUUGAGUACACCACAAAAUCUGCCUGAGUUCAGCGGUGAUCCCAUCGAGUGGCUACAAUUCAAACAAGCAUACGACGAGUCGACUGAAGUUUGCGGUUUCAGUGCAAAAGAGAACUUAUGGCGGUUGCAUGAUAACAAGUGCGAGUUUUGCAAUUCUACUCAUCGACACAAGCUAACGGAUUGUAAACAAUUCAAGAAGGCGCUUAGAAAAACGAGAUGGCAAUACGUAAAACGCAAAGGAAUUUGCUAUAAAUGCCUAAUAUCCCGUCACACUCGAGACACCUGCCCGGCGCCCGCGUGCGACAAGGACAACUGCGGAGCAGCGCAUCACCGGUUGCUGCACUUUGAUAACAACAGUCGUAGUGAACGAAAUAACAUUAACGCUAGUGAAUCACAACAACAAUCUGUGGAAACUGUAACUCAUAUCAACGCUAGUGAGUGUCAAGUGUUGCUAAAAGUAGUGCCCGUGCGUAUACACGGACCUAACGGUAUAAUUAGUGCAUCGGCCUUGCUCGACGACGGCUCCACCGUCUCACUGAUCAGCAGUGAGCUGGCUGAGCGCGCGGGCUUGCGCGGCCGGCGCGAGACGAUGCGAGUCAGCGGCGCCUGGAGUAGUAACGAACUGGUUUGUGACGCGACCGUGACUAAUGUUCGUUUAUCAGAAAUUGUAUCUGGGGAUAAAAAUGAGCCGUUCGCUACACUCACGCCUUUAGGUUGGUGUAUUCACGGGGUUGAGCGUGUGCCGCAGACCAGGUCAAAUUUUGGACACGUCAACCUGUGCUUCUCAGCCCCCGCAAGUGUGCCCACCGAAGACGAGCUCAUACUACGGGACCUUCAGGAGCAGGACGAAUGGUUGAAUGGUCCAGUAUUUUUACUCAGUGGCAGCGAGUCGUGGCCGAGGGACGUGGUAGGUAAACCCGAUGCAGACGAAGUGAACUCUGCUAUUUGUAUGGCUAGCAAUGGCAACAACUACAUGUCGAGCGAGCCGCGGCGCAAGCGCGAGCUGCCAGCGCGACCCAACCACAUCCUGCUGUACACCAUCAUCAACCCGGCAUAUCCCAUCACUGUGACAGAUGAUGCAUACUCCAGAAUGGACCUUACGUACGAGUUGUAA